AUGGCUCUAUCUCUAUUCUCCUUGAGAUUGGAAAUGGAAGAGAAUUCCCUUAGGGGCACUUUGGUGAUGUACGACAGCACUAGCUGUUCGUACGCAGGUGCGCUCGAUCUAAAAGGACCGACUGCUGGCGGCGUCUCGGCGGGCGGCGGGGGUGGCAUCGCCGGCGGCGGCUCCGCGUCUACGGGCGGAGGCGGCGUGGGCGGUGGAAUCGUUGCCGCGGGCGGUGGCAUCAAGCAGGAGAACUGGAGCUACCGAGGUCUCACCUGCGGCAGCACCUUCCAGCAGCUCAAGCAGAGCGUCGAGAAGGCCAAGCAGGCCUUGGCCGACCGGGGCGGAUACUUGGCCGGCGCAUUCUCCCCCCCGCCACGCGCCAAUCCAUCCGCCAUCUCGCCCACGGCCUCCAUCACCGAUGCCAGUAGUUCGUACAAGGGUGGAUGGAGCCACGCUACGUCGCCUGCCCCUGGACAGGGGUACGGCAGCAGCCUAUCGAAAUCAGCACUGGAUUCACACUCGCAUCUUAGGCAACCUGAUCCGUAUCAGAUGUUCGGGGCGACGAGCAGCCGACUGGCGAGCUCGGGCUCCGGACAAAUUCAGCUCUGGCAGUUCCUGCUGGAACUGCUCUCGGACUCGAGCAAUGCCGCCUGCAUCACGUGGGAGGGCACGAACGGCGAGUUCAAGCUGACCGACCCGGACGAGGUGGCAAGGCGAUGGGGCGAGAGGAAGUCCAAACCCAACAUGAACUACGACAAACUAUCAAGAGCGUUGAGGUACUACUACGACAAGAACAUCAUGACAAAGGUCCACGGCAAGAGGUACGCAUACAAAUUCGACUUCCAGGGCCUAGCGGCGGCGACGCAACCCGCGGCCGCCGAUCCAGCAGCUUAUAAGUACCAGAGUGAGCUCUUCAUGUCCGGAUACGGGCACGCGAAGCUGAACCUCAUGCCGCCCCCGGCAGCCUCGGUCUCGGUCUCCGUGCCCGGGGGCCUUUUCCAGUCGGCCUCGAGCUACUGGUCGACGAGCCCCGGCGCCAACCUUUACGCCGGUCACCACACGGCCUCCGGCCACGUGCCGCCCCAUCUCGGCAGUUACCCCCACUAUGCAUGACCCGGUGCCGAGCACUGGGGCGCCCUCGGUACUCCCCGCUGAGCUACCGCGAGGUUCGCCCGGGAGACUCGUCGCCUCGGACGUGCGCCAGCCCCGACUCCUGCCCGUCGCGACGCGACCCCCGCUCACGGC